AUGACGGAUACAUAUCAGGAGCGUCCCUACCUAGGCGCGGAUGAACUCAACACUAUGACCAUAAAUAGAAAUGUUGGCCUGCCAAGCCUUAAAAAAACUUGCUUCAUUCAGCCAAAAAGCACAGGAUUUGCGAGCCUUUUUCUUCAAUUUGGACUUCUUAUUGUUAGCGGUCUCACCGCCAUUUUUUUCUUCUAUCAUGUUGGUGGUUACGAGUAUAUGGAAUGGAAUGAGAAUUCGACAAUUCUUCAACCAGUCCACCACUAUCACGGAGACGAGUUCAUCGAAACGGAAAUCAGCAUCCCGCUCAACAAUCCCGUAAUAAUUGAACCAGCCACUAAUGCUCCGGAGCCUGAUGAUUCUCUUGUCUCUACAACGAAUCGUUCACUCGAAUUCAUCAACGCAACAAUUGCAAAUAAUAUGCGUGACGACAAAAAAAAUACCGUAGUCGACGAUGACGAAAGCAUAUCGAACAUCAUCGAAAGUUUGCUAGGAGAUUCUGGCUUAGAUAAUGCGACUUUCGGCAUUGAGCAAGUUCCUAUGACAACGGUUGUUAUUGCGGGAAUUGAAUUUGAUUGGCUAGAAGUAAUUAGAAUCUCUACUCUGGUGUAUCUUGCAAUUUGUUUGGGAUGGUUUUUCACCAUGUUUCUGUUCAUUUGUACGAUUCGAUGCGAGAUACUAGAUACUGCUAUUCUAAACUUAAUCAUUCUUAUUACCAUUGUACUAUACUUGCUGGUUCACUCCGUUCUUAUUGGCGCCCUACUCUUCUUCCAGACACAAAUGAGUUGGCGAACUAUGGCUAUCACUAUUGGCUCCAUCGUAAUCUUAUCAUGCUGUGCGUUUCUCGGCAGCAUUUGCGUUGCCCUGAACUUUGGUUGGGUGCGUUAUAUUGACUACAUGCACAAUACGAGAAAGUGUAUGUGCCUCGGAAUGAUCGUGCGACUUAUCAAGCGCAACAAGCGACAAAAUAUGCCCGACUCGUAUUCAAUGCCGGAGCGACGGCCAGAGCCGACUAACAAUAUCCAAUAUGAAACCGAUGUCCCGAUCCAACAGUUCAGCGCGUUUUAA